CGGCUGCAGGGUGGCGGGGACCCGGGCUCCGAGAUCCCGGCGACCCAGGCCGGCCACAGGCGCUCGCGGGGGCGGCGGCGCCCUAGCCCAAGUUGGCCUCGGCCUCGCCCUCUGCCCAGCCCGCGGUGUCCCCUCCUUCCCGCGAUUCCGUUCCUUCUCACGCUCCCCCACGCCCCCUCCCGCGUCCAGCCCCGCUCUCUGCCCACCUUGUAAAACAAAGCCGGGGAAAAUGCCUGCCCGUGCAGCUGGGAGCUCGCAGCCCGUCUCGGAAUAAGUGAGUACAAUGGCGUGUUGGUAAAAAAAAAAAAAAAAAAAAAAAAAAAAAAAAAAAAAAAAAAAAAAAAAAAAAAAAAAAAAAAAAAAAAAAAAAAAAAAAAAAAAAAAAAAAAAAAAAAAAAAAGAAAAGAAAAAUAAAAAAGCUUCAAGUCCGUCUUUGCCCAAAAAGCAUUUUGAAUGCUGCAUGCCCCAUGCUUCCCAGCGCCUCGCGGGAGAGACCCGGCUACGCAGCAGGAGUGGCGGCACCUGACUUGCUGGAUCCAAAAUCUGCCGCCCAGAACUCCAAACCGAGGCUCUCCUUUUCCACGAAACCCACAGUGCUUGCUUCCCGGGUGGAGAGUGACACGGCCAUUAAUGUUAUGAAAUGGAAGACGGUCUCCACGAUUUUCCUGGUGGUUGUGCUCUACCUGAUCAUCGGAGCCACCGUGUUCAAGGCGCUGGAGCAGCCGCAGGAGAUUUCCCAGAGGACUACCAUUGUGAUCCAGAAGCAAACGUUCAUAUCCCAGCACUCCUGUGUCAAUUCCUCCGAGCUGGACGAGCUCAUCCAGCAAAUAGUGGCAGCAAUAAAUGCAGGGAUUAUACCCUUAGGAAACACCUCCAAUCAAAUCAGUCACUGGGAUUUGGGAAGCUCCUUCUUCUUUGCUGGCACUGUUAUUACAACCAUAGGAUUUGGAAACAUCUCACCACGGACAGAAGGCGGAAAAAUAUUCUGCAUCAUCUACGCCUUACUGGGAAUCCCUCUCUUUGGUUUCUUGUUGGCUGGAGUCGGGGAUCAACUGGGGACCAUCUUCGGAAAAGGAAUCGCAAAAGUGGAAGACACAUUUAUUAAGUGGAAUGUCAGUCAGACCAAGAUCCGCAUUAUCUCCACCAUCAUCUUCAUCCUGUUUGGCUGUGUCCUCUUCGUAGCCCUGCCUGCAAUCAUAUUCAAGCACAUAGAAGGCUGGAGCGCCCUGGACGCCAUUUAUUUUGUGGUCAUCACCUUGACGACCAUUGGAUUUGGUGACUACGUAGCAGGUGGGUCUGAUAUUGAGUAUCUAGACUUCUACAAGCCAGUCGUCUGGUUCUGGAUCCUCGUGGGGCUGGCGUACUUUGCCGCUGUGCUGAGCAUGAUUGGGGACUGGCUCCGCGUGAUAUCUAAGAAGACCAAGGAGGAGGUGGGAGAAUUCAGGGCGCACGCAGCCGAGUGGACAGCCAACGUCACGGCGGAGUUCAAAGAAACGCGGAGGCGGCUGAGCGUGGAGAUUUACGACAAAUUCCAGCGCGCCACUUCCAUCAAGCGGAAGCUGUCCGCAGAGCUGGCAGGGAACCACAACCAGGAGCUGACCCCGUGCAGGAGGACCCUGUCGGUGAACCACCUGACCAGCGAGAGGGACGUCCUGCCUCCCUUACUGAAGACCGAGAGCAUCUAUCUGAACGGCUUGACGCCUCACUGCGCGGGCGAAGAGAUCGCGGUGAUUGAGAACAUUAAGUAGCCCUCCGUGCGGAAGAGCCUUAGCCCUAGCCUAGGUGAGGACCUCUCCACGCUUUAGGACUGUUGCUGGUAGCAGCUGCAACAUUGUGCAUGAGCUCCAAAGGGAAGCCAGUAGAUACACCCAUCACGGUCAUCUGCCAUCGCGGGAAUCGGAAGCCUGAGCCAGCACUCUUGCUGAGGCUGCUCCACUUCCUUUGACCAGCGGAAAGACAAGCGGUAUCUGAUGCCUUUCUGUGCCCAGACUGUUCCCCUCCCCUUUCCCACUGUGCCAUAAGGCCUCGGAGCGAAUUAGAACCGUUUGGAGGUAAUGAUGUAGCUUGGAAGGGUCAGUCCCCAACUUUUCAGGGUCCACCUAACUGAGCCGAGAUGCGGACCGUUUCGGGAUGACAACAUUUCUUUUUGUAAAUGGCAAGAUAUUCUUAUGCAGCCUUUUACCUAAGAAAUUUUCUGUCAGUGCCUUAUCUUAUGAAGAAGCAGAACCUCUCUAGCUAAUGUGUGGUUCCCCUCCCCCAGCCCGGUCACCUCCUUCCGUCCUUUCCCCCCACCGUGGUGAAUGCCAACCCUUGCUGGACACAGUGUGUCAGAGGACUGAAUUGCUGGCCCCCGAAGAAGGGAUCGAUGCCAAAUUGGAAGGACAGUGAGGCAGCACUCAGACACUCUGGUGACACAGGCACUGCAGAGAAAAGAGGCACGAAGGGGCCCCUCUGAGUAUUUAUUUGACUCAGGUACCAGCGGUACAUGCGUAUGGUGUAAUUAUUACCCAGCCGGUGACCUUGGCUGCUGAAAACUGUCCCUUUUAUCCUGGCAGUAUUUUGAAUUGGUCAUUGAUUAAUAAUUAUACAUUUUUAAAGUAGAAGAAAGUUCAUAUGGGUACGAUCUGAUAGAAGAAAAGUGAGAAAAAUCAACAUCACUAGAGGAGAUCCAAAACAGCAGGAAUUCAUUCUCAUGAAAAGAAAAUAGCAAAACUAUAUGUUACAAGGAUUUGAUAAUAAACAUUAAACUGCCAGCUUCUUUUGCUUUUUGAUGUCUGAAAGGCUGUGAUUUUCUUUUCCUAAGUGACUUUUGCCAAAUGAGCGGGAGGCCCUCAGAGGGGUGGAGGGAUAGUCCCAGCCUUCCGGGAUUACUUUGAGUCAUGACUAGGUGUGACAGCACAAGCCGAGGCUGGGAUCACUGUGAUUUGCACAUGGAAAAAUACAGAUUGCAGGCAUAAUUCAUUUCUGGCAUUAGAGAAAAUGCUGUUAUAGCACAAAUACUGGGAGUUUUUUGAAGAUAGGAAAGGCUAAUAAUCCUUUUUAGUUUAAUGUUAUAUCUUGUAAUUCUUUAGAUGUUCCCAAGAUUCAGAAAAAAAAUUAACAAAUGCACCCAGCAUAAUGCAACCUUCUUCUUUUCAUUUUUGUACUUAGGUCUGCUGUACAUUGAUAAUUUUAAAAAUUCAGAAGGAAAAUGGUUUCCCUAAAUAUAAUCGCAAAGCAAAGUUGUUUAACUUUUUCUUGAGAGGUGGGGUAGGAAUAUUUGAAGAAGAAGAGGGUAUUAAAAAAAAAAUAAACCCAGAAUCUUUAAAAACAAGCGAAUGAUGUUUAUUUUCCCAAAUUUGAAUUUAAGGUAGAAAUGUAAAUACACAGUUAACUUGUGGAAGGUACUUUUGUAAAUCAAAAAAAAAAAAAAAGGAAAAUCUAACCAAAAUGUUAGAAAGUCAGCUUUUUUAGAAAGAAAGCUGCACCCACGUCCUCAGUAACUGUCUGGAAAGCUCACAUGGUGGAAUGCACCACUUAUAAACUGUGAAUUGUAUUGCUGAAUAAAGUUUGUAAUUAAAGUCAGCAUUUUCUGAGUGUCCUGCUUGCUGCUGAGAAUUUAGAUCUGAUUCUGGCUGAGUAGAACAAUAGGAUGCCACUUUUCACAAUGAAAUUUUUGUGGAUCUUUGAUUCAAAAUAUUCACCCAAUAUUUUUGAUGUAGUAGUCAUGCCCUGAGCAAAUAACACAUAAAGCAUUGUUUCUUUGGAGGCUAUUAAUCAAAAGUAAAUAUGCUCGAAUUCAUGUGUAAAGUAUGAUUUUUAAAUAGCGUAUAAACUAAAGAUUGAUUUCAUUACAUUAUGAUAUUUUUAUAUCAUAUUUUAUCAUUGUUAGACCUUGCCUUGUCACUGAUGUAGCCUGAAUGCUGAACACAAGCAGCUGAUUAUUUUUGUUAGAAAAAUAAUAGUGUCCUGUUAGUACUGAAGCUUAAAGUAGGCAGUUGCCAACCAAUCUUCUAGACCUUAUACCUCAAAUAUAUGAAUUAUUAAUCUUAGCAGUGUCCUACAUACAUGUGUUGAUUCAUUCUUAAAAAUUUGACGUUCAACACAGAUCUGAAAACUGGGCCCACAUUCUCCUUAGACAUAUAUUGCCUCAAUUGACAGCACUUUAAUUUCUUCAGCUUUAGUUGUUCACUCUUAUGGGAAGAAUAUUGGCAGUGAUCUUGACGUAGCCUGGAAUCUUCUAGUGAGUUCAUUUUUCCAUGGUCCAGUAUAAGAGCAACUAGGUUUGUCCCGAAGGAAAGCUCAGUACAGAACCAGGCAGACUCAGAAAUACCCUGAUUGAUAUUCUUGGGCAUGAGCUCUAAGUAAUAUGCUCUACCUGACCUCAAUCUACUAAAGGUAAAAGUGAUUCUUUUUAGAUUUCCUUCAUUUUUUGCAGAGAUCUGUAUACUUUUUCCAUAGUUUAUGCCACGUGCUUCUUUUCAAUAAUAUUUCACCCCUUCAGUGAAGGACAAAGAAAUCUUCACAGCCAAAAUCAAAUUAAGUUGUAUGCAUCUUGAUCUUCAAAAAGAUAAAAAGAAGAGAAAACAAAGGGAAAGGAACGGAAAAGGAAAAAAAAAAGAAAAGGAAAAGCGGUGUAUAGGCCUUUGUUUUCUUCUCAGAUUCCAUGGAGCAGGUGACAUGUUAAGAGAUAUCAAAUUUUACAUAUGUCAAAUAUCAGUAUAAUUCUUUGAUUCUUGACUGAAAAGACAAAAAGAAACUUCAGAUGGAAAAAAGUCACAAACCAAAUUUAGACAUUCUGCAAACUUGAGACCCUAAUUAUGCCUGAGAGCUAAAGGUCUAGAUCAAUUUUUGUUUGUGUCUUUCUUAUUUCUUUACAGUUUUGCUGUUCUCAAAAUCAUAACUUAUUUGUGGUUUGCAUUUCUUAUCGAAGUGUGAGUAUAAUUUGUUGCUGUAUAAAGAUGUCUCUAUUUGGAUCUCAUAACUAUUAAAAUUAAUAUAUGA